UAAGGACGGCAACUCUGGCGGAAGAACCAUCCAAAGAUAAUGCAAUGAAAUCACAUUACCAGUUGUUAUUGACUAGGCAGAUAAACUCAAACAAUAGAACCUUUUAUACUCGCAAGAUUUACGUAUGAGGAAACUAGGCAAAUGAAGUGAGCCAGUCUUCCUGUCGCAGUGAAUGAGUGAUGAAUUUUUAAAGAUGGAUAGUGGGGUUUAUUGAAUGUGAGCAGUGCACUUGUGAGAAGCUCACAAUGGAGCAGAUAGAGGCAGCUAUGUACCAGAAGAUGAAGAUUUCUGAGAGAUUAAAUGAAAAGCAGAUGGAACGAAUGGAGGGAGAUCUCACCAUGGAAAGAGGACAGAGGGAGCCCAUCCUUAAGUGGUUUGUGGAGACUCAGGCUGUGCUCAUCCUGUGUGACGGACGUUUUCCACCCUGGUUCCAGGGCUUCAUCUCCAGGCAUGAAGCAGAAGAUCAGCUCCGAGACAAGAAUGUUGGUUGCUUCCUUAUCAGACUCAGUGAAAAAGCCAGUGGAUAUAUUCUUUCAUACAAAGGACAGGAUCGUUGUCGCCAUUUUGUCAUAAAUCAAACCAAGACUGGCAUGUUCAUCAUUUCUGGUGAUUCCACCACUCACAACAGUCUCACAGAGCUGAUCAAUCACUUUAAAACCACACCAAUCCAGCCUUUUGGAGAGUACCUGACUUCAGACAACACAGAGAUGGAUUCUGUAGGAGAGGAUGCCCCAAAUGAGCUUUAUGAUGUGGUUAAAAAUAAGCCCUGGGUUAAUUCAGGAGUGAGCGUUAAGGCUCUAAGAAGUUUAUGGGAACAAACUAACAAUGUCCCGCAUUGCACGCCUCCCGUUCUGUCUUCUAAAAGUGGACGGAAACUCACAACCUCCACCUCUAUUGACAGGAACAGCCUGUCACAGGGUAUGAAAAUUCCACCUGUACCAAAGAAAAGCGCACCACUUCGGAAUUCCUUAAGCGCUGGUUUUCCAGGUAAAAAUCCUUCACAUGAACAACUCAGUUUUUCAGAAUCAAGGACAUCUGGAAGGACAGGUGGAGACGAAAGAGUAAAGAGCAGAAGUGAUAUCACAGACACUGAGAGCUACAACCCUCAGUUAAAGUGGCCUCUCCACCAUGAAAACGACCAGUCUCUAACCUUUAACUCUUGUAAUCUUAUGCCCUCCACCCCUCAACAACCUCCCUUACUUCCAUCCAAAACAGCCUCCUGCUCUUACGCUGUCCUCGAACUUAAAAAACACCAUACUGGAGCUGGCCGAGUGCCACAAACUGACAAAGUAGCCCUACAGCCCAAUCCACUCUACCAGGCCUUGACUGGGGUUAACUCGGGGCAGAAGGAACAGCCAGGGCUAGUGUAUGACAACCGUGCAAAGCCCAUCGACAACAUCCUUUUAGCAGAAAACCACUAUCAAGACAUACUUGAACAAUGUGACAAUAAACACAUGCCUGAGAGCAACACCUAUGAGGACAUUCGAGUGACGGACAGCAAUACAUAUGCAAGUUUGGAUGAGAUGCAGCCACACAUACAAAACAUCCUGGGGAAGAAGAAUCAUAAGUGGUGGAAACUUCGUCUGGAGAACAAGAAGUUAUAGUCAUCAUAUUAUUUGAAGAAACACCACACAGGUGAAUGCAAAAGCUACACAUUUAAGUUUAGAAUUAUAAAGUCAUAAUUUUCAUGUUAGUGUGUAUGCGUAACUUCAAUACAGUAUGGCUUCCACAGUUACAAAAUGCUAAACAUUGUUAAUGCAAAUACCUUGAUAUUAUUACGAUGAAACAUAUUUUGAAAAUGUAUUUGAA